UCGCGUUAACAGCUCCGCACACACGCGCGGUACGCUCGGAGCACGUUCGGAACACGCUCGGAACGCUUUCGGUUACGAAUCGGUUCCUCGAACGCCAUUGUUACCAACAAUGCGUUGACACUACGUUCGGAAGUGGUAUAAUUGACUCGAAUUGUUUCACUGAUUGUUUUUAACGAACGCUUUUUUUUAAUCUGUGGCCUUUUUAUUGAGUUCCUUUUUUGUGUUGUGUGAUUGAUACGGAUAUCGGACCGGUCAGGAAGCGGUGAAAACAUUCAACGACUUCAAAGCCGCAUUCGACAUCAAACGACCCAACUAGCGUCAAUCCCGAGUGGCUAUUAAACGCUAAUUCAAUCAUAAAAACAAACAUGAGAGUCUAUUUCCGUACGAUUCGCGGUUGAAACUUACACAUGAGCGAACAAGACGUGGUCGAAUGCAAACAAGAUACAUCGAAAGAGUCCGGAGAGAUGCAAACUGUAGUGUCCAAUUACGCAACGCCGAAUUUGAUUAGACAGGCAGACAGACUGAUCGACGUGCAUAGCUAUAACACUGACGCGUCAUACACGGAGUACCAAUAUGGGGAAGAGGUCGAUAGACUGAGUCCUGAAUUACAAGAUGAGAAGAUCAACGUCGAUGAUGAAGAUAAAGAGGAAGAACUGGUUAUAGCUGAUGAUGAAGACUAUGAAAAGAAUGAGAGUUUGGAACAAAGAGAUGAUUCGAAUAGUGCGGCUAAAGCUAAGGAUACUCAUAAUGUAAGUGACAGUGUAAAUAAAGAGGAGAAUUUGGAGCCUUCUUGGCAUCCCCAUGUGUACGGUAAACCGCCCAAGAAACCAACUCCUCACACGAUAGAAUAUAUUUUAGGAUUAUCGAAAAACGGUGACGUGCCCAAAGAAGAACCGAAGCGUUCCACUGUGAGUCAACUAAUGAACGUGAAACGGAAUUUCGACAACAAAAAGAACUUUUCGUUUCAAGAGAAAAGUACGCAAGUGCCGAGAGACCUGACGGACAGGAAGUUUAAUAUAAGUGUGCAUAAGAACAAGCUGCAGGAACAGUUGCUUCAGCGAGGUGUUAGAACUAGUGAGAGUGAAUACGAAAAUGUGCAGUUCGCGUUUAAGACUGACGAUCAACCGCUGAAUCUGUCCGUGCCGAAGUCGAAAGACUCUCCUGUGUGGAGUUCUGGAGCUGAUGACGACAAAUUAGGAAAAGAUUCAAAGUUAAUGAAACGAAAGAAGUCCACUGAGGAUGUUCGCUCUCCCCUUGGAGGAGAGGGAUCGAUGACCAGUGAGGAGGGUGAGGAGGUCGGGAGGCGUAAGAAGGCUCGUACCACCUUCACAGGCCGACAGAUCUUCGAGUUGGAGAAGCUGUUCGAGGUGAAGAAGUAUCUUUCGUCCGGCGAGAGGGCUGAUAUGGCGAAACUGCUCAAUGUAACAGAAACUCAGGUGAAAAUCUGGUUCCAGAAUCGAAGAACGAAAUGGAAGAAGAAGGACAAUGUGUCGAACGCAGAAGUUGCUGAGAUCAAGCAACAGAACAAACCUAGCGGAGAAGAGAAACCAGACGAACCCAAAGACCCUCUAGCGCUGGACAUGUCGAAGAAGACUUGCAACAAAAUCCUCAGCGAAAAAUUAAGAAGUACAAAAGUAGUAACCCAAAACUUACCAAAACCGAGAAGAGUCGAAAAAGGGGUUGUCCUAGAAUCGAUAUGCGAUGCGAACGAUAUAGAAAGUAGAAUAUCGAUAACAAAAAUAACGAAUAAGCUAUCGAGUACAGAUCUAUCUGAAACAGUGUCUGUGAAAAGUUUUAAUCCUGAAGACGUUAAAGAUACAUACGAUUCGUUGAGCAGAGACGUUGAAAUGUGAAUAAGAUAGUAUAGACAUUUGUGGUCUGGAACGAUCUCUGAUAGGUUAUUUUUAUAAAAUAGUAUGAGUGUUUGAAUGAAUUCUUGCUAGCCACGCGAUCUAUUUGUACAAUGAUUGUUUAAAAAAAAAGAAAAAAAAAUCCAAAAUUGAACGGAAAAGUUUCGACGUAUUCCCGCGUAAGUUUGGCGUCUGAGGAUAGAACUCUUAUGGUUUUGUUAUGUAUCUGUCUCCUCGCGUUAUUUGUAAAACAAAUUGUAUACGAGUAGUUAGGAAAUUGAAUACCCAAGUAUACUUAAUUAUAAUAUUAAUUAAAUUGUAUUGAAGUACACAAAUUGUUAAAUAAAAGUACAUAUGUUUUCUUUAAUUUAUAUAUUUUUUUCAUUCUAGCACAGAUUAAUUAUUUUGUUUUAUCUCUGUAAUUAUAUAAUGGUAUACAAUUUUUUCAUUUUGCAACUUGAAACGAUUAAAGUAACCAAAAGUCACAUACAAUCAAAGGUCGAAUCAGACCACAAGUAACCACACUAAGAGAACCUUUCUUCCUUGUGAUAAUACUCACCAAACUUGUUAUCUAUCACGCUAUUAUCGCCUUUAUACCAUUGCAAUGAUGUACAUAUUGGUAUAACAUAAGGGAUUUGUUUUCGUACUAGUUUUUAUAUCUAUUUAGGAGUUUUUAUUUGAUGUUGUCUAACAAACCGAUAUUCUCUUCAUAACUAUAUAGACUUACAACGCAACUGCUAUAAAGAUAAUUUAUAUAUUCAACACUUGAAACACACUAAAACGAACAAUUACAAUUCAAACAUUAAAUAAUUCAUCUCAAACAUUAAUUAAUCUUUAUUUAACAAGUAAUUUUUUUAAAAGACAAUUAUAAACUACAUAGCUACCAAUUCCUCUCACUCUGACAGCCUAAAAGUUUGAUAUUGUUUAUAUAUUUCAGUUUUUUUUAAUAGACUUGUAAUUAUUCAUAAAAAAAUAAUAACUUGUGUUAAAUGCUUAUACAGGUAAGGCCACAAGUCAUUAAUGUAUAAUAAAAACAAAAAUAAGCCUAAAUUUGAUCCCUGUAAGACGCCUUUUUGAUUGUUAAUAGAUUGUUAAAAGAAAAUACAUCCACAAAAAGAACACCAUAGAAAAAUUCAAACAAAUUCUUGAAUCUCAAUUGAAUUAUAUUCAAUCUUUUAUCAUCUCAUCGCCUUUCUGUAUGUUAUCAUAAAAUUUUAUUAUAUUUAAUUGUUAAUAUUAUUUAUAAUGUGUACAAAAGUUUGCCGAGUCAAUCUUUUGUGUUAGUGCAAUAUGUGCUACGUGUAUCAUGUUUGUGUUAUCAAUGUGACCGAUCUUAAUUUUAAGAGACAUCUUUUUACCUUUAUCUGUAUCCAAUUUAACAUGUUUAUCUAAGCUCUCCGCUUCAAUCUGCUGUGCAGAAUAUUUAUCUUAAGUUUAUGUAUGGAUUUGUUCUUUGAAAUAAAACGAACGCGUUUUAUUACUUUAUUCUUACAUUUGUUUAUAACUUGUUAAAUAAAUUUCAUUACGCAUAUUUCCUCGUGUCAACAUAUCAUUUUGUUUAGAGAACAAAAUACUGGGAUGUCAUGUAAUUUGAGCUCUAUGCUAACGAAAAUUAAAGUCAAAUUCGCUUUAUUAUUCGACAAAGCUUUUUUAAAUACUAACUUCUUAGUUAAGGCUAUAUAUCAUAUACAAAUAGACAGACAAAUGUAUGAUUUGCUUCCUAUAGAUAUAAGAGGAAAUUGUAAAUUAUUUAUUGAGAAGAGUUGUGGCGUUUUCGGAGAGCAAGUAGCUUAGUUUUAGAGAGA